AUGCGCCGCGACCGCAUAAAGCAGCGCAUAACACACUCAUUCAAACACCACACGGCGCCCGCAACUAAUCCAUACCCGCCCACAACACGCUACUCCGCUCUACUCAACUCCUCAGACCGGCUUCUCUUCGCGCAUCCAGACCCAGCUACGCGCGCGCCGUCGCCAUCACUGCCUUCGAGCAUGGAGACUGCAAGCACCACGCCAUCGCACCGACGAUCAAGCAGCCAUAUACCCCCGCCCAAGCGCUCAUCCUCCGCUCCAACUCCGCAAAAUACCGCUGCUGUGCUGCUUCAAUGCACGCAAUUUCCCGCGCUGUCUGCCGACGGCGAGAUGUCGGCAUGGGAAUGCGGCGUGUGUGUAUUGUCUGCAUAA